CGAGCGCACGCCUCUGCCCGGCCGGAGCUGCCCUGUGGCGGGCUGGGGACACCCUGCCUGCGCGGGGAAGCCGCGGCUCACUUCUUCUGGAGGAGCAGGCAGGCGGAGCGGGGCUGGGAGCGCGAGAGGGCUCGUGUGGCGAGGGCGGGCGCCUGUACCACCCCGCACCCGAGCCUGUUCUCCUCCCCACCGCCUCGCGCCAGCUCCCCGAGGGGACCCAGCCCGUGCGGUCCGCGCCCGGAGGCCAGAGGCCUGUCACCUGGGGGCUCUCCUCGCUGCCUUUGUGGCGGGAGCUGGGAAGCCGGAGCGUGGGAUGAGGGCGGCGGCGGCGGGGGGCGCCCGGGACCGGUCCCUCCGAGCCCGGCGGCUGUGAGGGGCUCGCGGGCGCGUGGACGGCAGGAGAUUUUUGAACAAUUUGGCCGAUUAAAAAAAAAGGAAAGUAUAUGACUGGGAGCCUUGGAUUCUAGCACCAUCCUUGCCAUUUAGUGCUUCUCUAAUCUUGAGUGCACAAAAGCUUUAAACAAGUAAAAUCUAGGCAGCAGGCUCCUUGAAGUGUUGACAGCCCAACUUAAUCAUGAACGUGAUUCAAAAAUGUUAAUAAAUAAACUAAGACCAUGGGGAAUUCAUAUGCUGGGCAACUGAAAUCUGCUCGAUUUGAAGAAGCUCUCCACAACUCCAUAGAAGCCUCUCUCAGAUGUAGUAGUGUGGUACCACGACCAAUUUUUUCCCAGCUGUACUUGGACCCUGACCAGCAUCCUUUCUCAUCUGCAGAUGUAAAACCCAAGGUGGAAGAUCUGGAUAAAGAUUUGGUACACCGCUACACUCAAAAUGGAAGCCUGGAUUUUUCUAGCAAUCUAACAGUUAAUGAAAUGGAAGAUGACGAAGAUGAUGAAGAAAUGUCUGAUUCGAAUAGCCCACCAAUUCCCUAUUCACAAAAACCUGCCCCAGAAGGGUCUUGCACUACAGAUGGUUUUUGUCAAGCGGGAAAGGAUUUGCGUUUGGUAUCUCUGUGUAUGGAACAAAUCGACAUCCCAGCAGGAUUCCUCCUGGUGGGAGCCAAGUCUCCCAAUCUUCCUGAACACAUCCUAGUGUGUGCUGUAGACAAGAGAUUUCUACCAGAUGAUCAUGGAAAAAAUGCACUUUUAGGGUUUUCUGGAAACUGUAUCGGCUGUGGAGAAAGAGGAUUUCGGUAUUUCACAGAAUUUUCCAACCACAUUAACUUGAAGCUCACCACCCAGCCAAAGAAGCAGAAGCACUUAAAGUACUACCUAGUCAGAAGCUCCCAGGGUGUCCUGUCAAAGGGACCUCUUAUCUGCUGGAAAGAAUGUAGAAGCCGACAAUCCUCUGCUACUUGCCACUCUAUUAAACCAAACUCUUCAGUGUCAUCAACUGUGACCCCAGAAAAUGGCACAACUAAUGGAUACAAAUCAGGAUUCAUUCAGACAGAUUCACCGAUUCUCAGUCCAGCUAAUUCUGCGAUCAAUUUAAGUGGAGCUCAGGACCUGACCCGGAAUAAGAAUGUUGUGAAGCCACUGGCUUUAUCUUUGCAGGUUGUAGGGAAGACUUUUGCUGCAGAUGCUGCUAAUGGAAACAGUAGCCAUGGAGGGAAGAGCAGUACAUCUAGCUCCACUCCAACCCGCCCAGGGAAUUACUCUUUGUCACCAAGACCUAGCUAUGCAUCAGGAGACCAAGCUACCAUGUUCAUUUCUGGGCCACCAAAGAAACGACACCGGGGGUGGUAUCCUGGGUCACCUGUCCCCCAACCUGGUUUAGUUGUACCUGUUCCUACAGUUCGCCCUCUUUCAAGAACUGAGUCUCUUUUAUCUGCCCCAGUUCCACAGACCCCAUUAACUGGAAUUUUACAACCUCGACCCAUUCCUGCGGGGGAAACUGUAAUUGUUCCUGAAAACCUGCUGAGUAACUCAGGAGUUAGACCAGUAAUUCUGAUAGGCUAUGGCACUUUACCCUAUUUCUAUGGAAAUGUUGGUGACAUUGUUGUGAGUCCUCUGCUGGUGAACUGCUACAAGAUUCCACAGUUGGAAAACAAAGAUUUGGAACAAUUAGGGUUGACUGGCAGCCAACUCCUGAGCGUGGAAAACAUGAUUCUUCUGACGAUACAGUAUCUUGUGCGGCUGGGUCCUGAUCAGAUACCUCUCAGAGAAGAAUUUGAGCGAAUUAUGCUGAAAGCUAUGCAGGAAUUUACUCUGAGAGAGCGAGCCCUACAGAUGGGCGCUCAGUGCACACCUGUGUCACCAGGACAACUCCCCUGGCUUGCUAGAUUAAUUGCCAGCGUAUCCCAAGACUUGGUUCACGUGAUUGUGACCCAGAACUCUUUGGCAGAGGGCAUUUCGGAGACAUUGAGGACUCUCAGUGAAAUGAGACACUAUCAAAGGCUACCAGAUUAUGUUGUGGCAAUUUGUGCAUCAAAAAUCAGAGGAAAUGAAUUUUGUGUGGUAGUAUUAGGUCAGCAUCAGUCCAGGGCUCUGGCGGAGAGCAUGCUCACCACAAGUGAGUUUCUGAAAGAAAUCAGUUAUGAGCUCAUUACAGGAAAGGUCAGUUUCCUGGCGUCGCAUUUCAAAACCACAUCAUUAGGCGAUGACCUGGACAAGCUGCUGGAAAAAAUGCAACAAAGAAGAGGAGACAGUGUUGUUACCCCUUUCGAUGGAGACCUUAAUGAAUGCGUGUCAGUUCAGGAGGCUGCCGCCAUGAUUCCCACGCAAAACCUGGAUUUAGAUAAUGAAACCUUCCAAAUUUAUCAACCACAGCUAACAGUUGCCAGAAAACUCUUAUCCCAGGUGUGUGCUAUAGCAGACAGCGGCAGCCAGAGCCUGGACCUUGGCCACUUCAGCAAAGUGGACUUCAUCAUCAUAGUCCCAAGAUCAGAGGUUCUGGUCCAGCAAACUCUGCAACGGAUUCGACAAUCGGGUGUCCUUGUAGACUUGGGUCUGGAGGAAAAUGGGACAGCUUAUCAGAGAGCAGAGAAAUAUGUUGUUCGUCUAGAUAAUGAGAUUCAAACCAAGUUUGAAGUUUUUAUGCGGAGGGUGAAACAGAACCCAUACACACUGUUUGUGCUGGUUCAUGACAACUCCCAUGUGGAACUAACGAGUGUUAUUUCGGGCUCUUUGUCACUUGGUGAACCCAGUCAUGGAUUGGCUGAUAGAGUCAUUAAUUGCAGAGAAGUUCUGGAAGCUUUCAACCUCCUGGUGCUUCAGGUUAGCUCCUUUCCAUACACUCUGCAGACCCAACAGUCCCGAAUCAGCUCCAGUAAUGAGGUUCACUGGAUACAGCUGGACAGCAUGGAGGACAUGAGCUGCGAGGAGAAGCUGUACUUCGGCUUGAAUGAGUACAGUAAGUCUCUACAGUGGGGAAUCACAAGCCCACUUCUGAGGUGUGACGAGACUUUUGAAAAAAUGGUGAACACGCUCUUGGAGAGGUACCCCAGGCUGCACAGCAUGGUCGUCCGCUGCUACCUUCUCAUCCAGCAGUACUCGGAGGCUCUGAUGGCUCUCACCACCAUGGCGUCACUCCGAGACCACAGCACACCAGAAACACUCAGCAUUAUGGAUGACCUCAUCAGCUCCCCAGGAAAAACCAAAAGUGGGAGGGGACACAUGCUCAUUAUCAGGGUGCCCUCCGUGCAGCUGGCAAUGUUAGCCAAGGAGCGGCUGCAGGAGGUGCGCGACAAGCUGGGGCUGCAGUACCGCUUUGAGAUCAUCCUUGGGAACCCUGCCUCUGAACUCAGUGUUGCAACUCACUUUGUGGCGCGAUUAAAGACUUGGAGAGGAAAUGAACCAGAAGAGUGGAUCCCUCGGACAUACCAAGAUUUAGAAGGUCUGCCUUGUAUUGUGAUAUUAACUGGCAAAGAUCCGCUUGGAGAAAGCUUUCCCAGGUCUUUGAAGUACUGCGACCUCAGGUUAAUUGAUUCGAGCUAUUUAACUCGCACGGCCUUGGAGCAGGAGGUGGGUCUGGCGUGCUGCUAUGUCUCAAAAGAGGUCAUCCGGGGGCCCGCUGUUGCCCUGGACCUUAGUGGGAAGGAGCAGGAGAGAGCCACGGUCAGUGAGAAUGACUCUGACGAGCUGCUGAUCGAUCUGGAGAGGCCCCAGAGCAACAGCAGUGCUGUCACUGGAACCUCAGGCUCCAUCAUGGAGAAUGGGGUGAGCUCUUCCAGCACAGCAGACAAGUCCCAGAAGCAGUCCCUCACCCCCAGCUUCCAGAGCCCAGCCAACAGCGUGGGGCUGGAUGAAGGGGUCUCCGCAGGCAUGGCGGGGGCUGGAGAGACUCUGAAGCAGGAGUGUGAUUCUCUGGGCGCCCACAUGGCGAGCAGCACCACCUCCAAGCCUUCGUCAUCCUCCUCCUCUUCGGGACCCCGGGCCCUCCUGUGGCCGGGACAGCCUAUCCAAGGCUGCAGGGGUCUGCACACCGCCCUGCCUCCAAUAGUGAUCUUAUCCAAAGCAGCCUACAGCCUCCUGGGCUCCCAGAGGGGAGGCAAGCUGCCAUCCUCCUCAUCCCUGCUGCCGCAUGCCGAUGUGGCCUGGGUAAGCUCCCUGCGGCCAUUUCUGCACAAGGACAUGAGCAGCGAGGAGCAGUCCCUCUACUACCGGCAGUGGACCUCGGCUCGGCAGCACCACGCCGACUACAACAACCAGCCAGACUCCACCUCCGGCACCCGGACCUGCCACCCCCGGCGGCUGCUGCUGACUGGGCCCCCCCAGGUGGGAAAGACUGGCUCCUAUUUACAGUUCCUUAGGAUUCUCUUCCGCAUGCUCAUCAGGCUUCUGGAGGUGGAUGUGUAUGAUGAGGGAGAGAUCAACACCGAUCACUGUGAAAGCAGUGAAGUGAGCCAGUCAGAGGGAGAGCCCUGGCCUGACAUCGAGAGCUUCAGUAAAAUGCCCUUUGACGUCAGUGUGCACGACCCCAAGUACAGUUUGAUGAGCCUGGUAUAUACUGAGAAGCUGGCAGGGGUCAAACAAGAAGCAAUAAAGGAAUCCAAAGUUGAGGAGCCCAGGAAACGAGAAACUGUGUCCAUGAUGCUGACCAAAUAUGCGGCCUACAACACCUUCCACCACUGUGAGCAGUGCCACCAGUACAUGGACUUCACCGCUACCUCUCAGAUGUCCGACUCCACCCUUCAUGCAUUCACGUUCUCUUCCUCUAUGCUGGGAGAAGAAGUGCAGCUCUAUUUCAUCAUUCCCAAAUCCAAAGAGAGUCAUUUUGUCUUCAGCAAACAGGGCAAACACCUGGAGAGCAUGCGGCUGCCCCUGGUUUCAGACAAGAAUUUGAAUGCAGUCAAGAGCCCUAUUUUCACUCCUUCCAGUGGUCGCCAUGAGCAUGGACUCUUAAACCUUUUUCACGCCAUGGAGGGCAUCAGCCAUCUGCACCUUCUGGUAGUCAAAGAAUAUGAGAUGCCGCUGUACCGCAAGUACUGGCCCAACCACAUCAUGCUGGUGCUUCCCGGCAUGUUCAAUAAUGCAGGCGUGGGUGCUGCCAGGUUUCUCAUUAAGGAGCUGUCAUAUCACAACCUAGAACUGGAGAGGAACCGCCUGGAAGAGCUGGGAGUUAAACGCCAGUGUGUCUGGCCUUUCAUUGUUGUGAUGGAUGACUCAUGUGUCCUGUGGAACAUUCACAGUGUUCAGGAGCAGAGCAGCCAGCCUAUGGAAGCAGGAGUUUCCAGUAAGAAUGUGUCCUUGAAGAGUGUCUUGCAGCAUAUUGAAGCAACACCAAAAAUCGUCCACUACGCCAUCCUGGGCAUACAGAAAUGGAGCAACAAACUAACUUCUCAGAGCCUGAAGGCCCCAUUCUCUAGGUGCCAUGUGCACGAUUUCAUUCUCCUCAACAUAGACUUGACUCAGAAUGUGCAGUAUGACUUCAACAGGUAUUUCUGUGAAGAUGUUGACUUUAACCUGAGAACAAAUAGUAGUGGACUGCUCAUCUGCCGCUUUAAUAACUUCAGUCUCAUGAAGAAACAUGUUCAGGUUGGAGGGCAAAGGGAUUUUAUCAUUAAACCAAAGAUCAUGGUGUCAGAGAGCUUAGCACCCAUCUUGCCCCUUCAGUAUGUCUGUGCUCCCGACAGUGAACACACACUACUGGCAGCCCCUGCGCAGUUUCUCCUGGAGAAGUUCCUUCAGCAUGCCUCAUACAAACUCUUCCCCAAAGCUAUCCAUAACUUCAAGAGUCCUGUGUUGGCCAUUGACUGCUACCUUAACAUUGGACCAGAGGUGGCCAUAUGCUAUGUCAGCUCCAGACCCCACUCCAGCAAUGUCAACUGUGAAGGGGUGUUUUUCAGUGGACUCCUCUUGUACCUCUGUGACUCUUUUGUAGGUGCUGAUCUUCUUAAGAAAUUUAAGUUUCUAAAAGGUGCUACCCUGUGUGUCAUCUGCCAAGACAGAAGCUCCUUACGCCAAACAAUUGUCCGCUUAGAGCUAGAGGAUGAGUGGCAGUUCCGCCUCCGGGACGAGUUUCAAACUGCUAACAGCAGUGAUGACAAGCCCCUCUACUUUCUUACUGGACGACAUGUAUGAGCUUUUGAAGAGACCAAAAGUAGCAACGGGCUGCCUAGAUGGGGUGGGGCAGAAACAAUUAUUUGGGAUUUUUUUUUCCUUUAACGUACAAUCACUGUGGAGCAAAGUGCAACAUAUUUGUUUCUUCCCCAAAGAACCCCCCCACCAAUUUAGCCCAGGUCUUUGGGGGCAUCACUCUCCUUCAGUUCUAAUUUUGAGACCUUAAAUUCAGUUAACUCCACCCUAGGCAGUUAUGCAAUUGAGACUCAAUCUGCCCUCAGGAGCCUGAGGAGAAUCUGCUUUGGAGAAUGAACGUGGAGUUUGCAUUGUUUUUUCUACUAAACUAUGUUAGGGGGAAAACUGACUCUCAGCAUUAGCUAGCCUGAAUGUCUUAUAUGAGACUCACACCGUUGGUGUGGAAUUAAUUGAAGAUUAACGUUUGAGGCCUGAACCCUCAGUUUCUCUUCAGAUCUGUACUUUGGUACAGUAUUACUCAGGGGUCUGAAAUGAUAGAAUGUAGAAGAUAUUUGUAUUUAAAAAAAAGAAGUAGCUUUGUCUUUCUCUGUGCAGUGUUAGUUUAAGAUUUAUAAUCUUAUAUGUAUUGAAACUUUUGGCAAAAUUUCCACAAGAGUUAAAAGUUUACUAUUUAAACUGAACAAACCAUUCAGUAAGUACAGAACAGGCAUUAUGUGCAUUUAUGCAGCUUCUCCUUGCUUAAAUUCUUUUGCUUUAUCCAUUCUUUAAAAAUGUUUCCAGUCUCAUGGUUUCCAUAAGCACACCAUGUCUAUGAGAAUAUGGAAGAGUGAUUAAUCUUGUACAAGGAGAAUCUGAUUCAACAGUUGAGCCAAUUAAGAAGCUUUCAGCAAUCACCCACAGCCACCUUGUUUAGUUGGGAUUAAGCAGUUGGCACCAGCAAAGCUAAAUGUCAGGCUAAAGUUCUGUGCGGAGUGGAACUAGUCUGUUUCCUUUCAGAGGCUGAAGGAAAGAGCCCUUUAAAAGAUACACAGAAUGAAUAUUAUUAGCUGCCUUAUACGGAUAACACCACAGAAAUUGCUGAAGUGGGAAACAGAGUCAUAGAGAAAGAGAACUGUUUUACUUAAUCCUACCAGUCAGUCUUCCGUGAGCAGUAAGGAAGAUUCCAUUAAAAGUCCCUUUCUCUCAUUAGUAUCAGCAGGGGGUGUUUGUUCAGUAUCAACAGUAUGGGGCAUAUGUUUCUACAGAUUCCUCACCAUAUAUUUUAAUCAAAAACAGAUUUUUAGGCAAUGUUCCAGAACUAUAGGAAAUGUUCCAGAACAAACUAAGACUACUGGAAGUUUACUCUUAAAUUACUCCAGUUCUCAUCAUUAAACAAAUUCUUGACAUUUUUCUCAUUAGCACAUACGUACCACUUUUUCCCCACUUAAAAUGAUGGCCAUUUUUACUUGAAUCGAUGUUGCCUGAAACUACUGAGAGGGGCCUACUAAGCCUGCAUUUACUCAGAACAAAGUGUUAAUUGACCAGCUUUAUUAGCGUUGAUAACAGGGAGUUUACAGCUAGUGAAAAGAUGGAACGUACUAAUCUGAAAAUGGUUUGCAGAUCUCCUGGUUUUAAUAUAGCCACUUAUGAUGCUUUAAGUGUAUUUUGAAAUGAACAAUUCCUUUAAACUCCAUUUUUAAUUGUCCUUCAAAGAGGAUCUGCCUUAUGCUUUAAAAAAACUCAAUUUUAGUACAGCAGAAUUUCUGACAAAGAGGUAUGUUCUGAACUAGGUUGAUUUAGAUAUGAAUGUAUUUCAGUUGUUCCUGUUUUAUUGAAAGGGCCUAAUGCAGAUGAUAUCAAGAAACCUACUGUUUGUGCAAUAUUCCAAUAAUAUUUACUAUAUAGGGAAAAUCAAAUACUUGAAAUAAUUCUAAAACAGUUGUAUCUGGGGCAGAUGGCCUCUCAGGGUUUCUUCUGGCUUUAUGGUUUCAUAGUCUAAGGAAAAAUUUUUAAAGUAGUUACUUUAGAUGCAGGUACUUCAUAUUAGUUAGGGCUGCACUCUGAAAAAUCAAAUGAUUAUGAUCUCUUAAAUACUUUUUAACUCUGUGGAAGAAAAAUGCCAGAAUAAAGCCAAAAGAUCAUCACCCCAAUGAUGGAGAACUCAAAUUGACCUGCCUAUUCUCUUCAAUGCCUAUCUUACUAAAGUUUGGAUCUUUUAAAAUCAUUUUAUCAGUAUGAUUCUUUAGAGACUGUUAGGGCCUUCUUUAAGGAUAAAAUUGCACAAGCACAGGACACUAUGAUUUGUUAAUCCAUACCCUGGUGUGUUCAGCUUCGAGCUUUGCCACCCCUUAGAAUACUGUGAUGUGAAUAUGUUCCCUAGGCCUGCAUAAGAAUUGACCGAUAGACCUGUUGAACCUUGCCAUGUAUGACAGUUCACACAGGUUAAUACUGAAUGUAAACUAAAAUUAGAGUGAGAAUUGUUGUAUUCAGUUUUUUUGGCUGUAAUUUAUGCAAUUGCUUUUUGUGAUUUUUAGAAAAGGAGGCACCUGUGUUACUUUAUUACUGUAAAAUUUUCUCAAACAAAAUUUGGUGAAUUUCACUAGUCUACCUCACAUUUUGUUUAUGAUUCUAAAUUGUCUUAAGUUGUGUCUACAGUAUGUUCUUGUCCUUUCAUUGAAUUUGGUGAAUGUAUUAAAAUUCUCUCCCACACCAAAAAAAAGUUUGUUUUCUUUAAACUAAUUUUUUGGCAUGUUCAAAAAUGGAAUGAGCUCCCUGACUCUGGUAACGUCCAAAAAAGGCUAGAAGUUCACAUAUCAUAGAUUGGAUGACACUAAGAUUCUACUCUUCUAGCAUAAUAGUCCAAGAAAGUGGUAAAUAAACAUUUGUUGAAUGAAAAUCUGUAGCUUAUACAACGAAGAUACACACACAUAUAAAGUAUCUACACACCAUGCCCAUGUGCAGAGUUCCACAUAAUUAUGGAACAGACAUAGAAAUGAUUAUUAAAGAGAUGUCAGGAAUAGUCAUAGUACAUCUCUAAUCUUUUAUAGAUGGCAACUUCGGUGUCCUUAGAAGCAGAACUUUGGAUUGCUAGAACUAUGUAGUAUGACAUAAGGUGUUAAUCUCCAAUUUAUUUCUAAACUCUACCUAAUUUUACUAACUUUUGAGAAUAACUUUGUUAUUCCAGAAAAAUGGCUUUUAGUUUUAUUAUGUAGAGAGUACUAAAAUAACAGACUUUGAUACAGACCAUGAAAACACCUUCCUAGGCCAGAGGCCCCUGGCCAUUUCCUCAGGAGGAGCAAUAAAUACUUGUAAGUAUGAUGGCAGAUUCAGGAGCAAGUAGAAAGUGCCAUAUUCCAAAGGAGCUGCUGUGGAAAGACUAAAAGCUGUUAAACUCUGGCUGCUGUACCUUCAUAUUCAACUACCUAGAGGUGGAACAACAUCCAAGGAACAAAUAUUCCUCAGGCCUCUCUGUAGUCAUGGAAACUGGCCCUGAAGCUUCCUCAGAUCUAGGAGAAUAUUGCUGUAACACUGAAACCCUGGCUUCACUGAAAAAAGCAUCACUAAAGAUGAUUUCAGGAAAGGCCUCUGAGGCCAAGGAAAAAGCCAUUCACAUAAAUUCCCUGUGCUCUUUACUGUCAAGUACUGAGCUGAGAAAAGCACCUACUUCAGUGACUAUGACAACAGAUGAAAUAAGUUAUAAGAAAAAGAAACAAUUUGUUUUCUGACCACCUCUUUGUUGUUAUAAGACCGAAUCUCCCCUUUAUUUGCCAGAAGGCCCAAGAGCCAUGAGAAUAGGUAGAAGACAUAUGCAUGCCUGCAGUUACUACCCCAGAAAUCCACUCAGCAAUCUUAACCCACAGUGAAAUAUCACUAAGCAGGAAUAUGGCUGUGUUCCUACCCAGAUGCCCUAGCUGGGCAGCCAUGCAAAGUAAAAGCAAGAAGAAUUAAAAUAUCACUGCAUGUCUCUUGGACUUACUGUCUCUAUGAUAUUCAUGCUUUUGGUAGAUACACCAAGUUCACUCUUGCAUAGUAUGAUCUGAUAAAAUAUUGAUUUUUAUAAUUUUUACAAAAUAAAACUAUUGUAUGUCUAUGCAGACAAGGGCAUAACCCAUAAAAUCUUGUGAUUCCUAUAAUGUCUAUGAACUAGACAUUUUUAUAAUGGACCAAUUCAAGGGCAGCUGACAAAAACGUAUAGGCACCUUUAUAUAACCAGCAAUUAUAAAAUCAACCUCUUUUGAAGUCUGAUUGUGGCCGUCAAUGUACACUCAUUGUGUCCACUGCCUGCACCACUCCAUAGAGACCACUCUUCUUUUUCUAACAUCACUCUUCAGCCUUCAGUUGUGGUGUGACAGUGCUAACCAUUCUUUGAUUCUUGAAACUCUUACCCUGGUUUCUACCACUCUGUUCUUGUUCUCUUACAAGACUCUCAAAUGAUGCUGUUCCUCACAACUCUCUCCUACCCUCUCAUUUUACACCCCCCAGAGUGGUGAUCUCUUCUAAACACCUUCAAAUAACUAAAUUCAUAAACUACCUUAGUUCUAACUUCUCCCAAACUCUAGAUCCACAGAGCAAAAUAUAUACCAACUAGGUACCUCCACUUGGAGAUUCUGCAACCAUCUUAAAAUCUUGACCAAAAGUGAGCUCAUCCUUCCCCAGCCAAUCCUCUCAACAUACUUUUCCAGUAUUCCCUUCUCAGUCAAUCCAUCUACUCAAU